AUGAGCGGUGCUGCAAUUUCAGACCCUAAUAUUCACCUUCCCCGAGACCACGAUGAACAAAACAAUGACUACAACCCCAUUAUUCCUUCACUUUCCACCACCACCACCUCCAGCGACACCGCUAGCGGCGGAAACAAUACCACCACCCCCACCACCAACGGUGCCAAGAAAGGUAAGGGCGGCGCCGCCGGUGGCAAAGGAGGCCCCGACAACGGCAAGUUCAGGUACCGGGGUGUCCGCCAGCGGAGCUGGGGCAAAUGGGUCGCCGAGAUCCGGGAGCCACGUAAGCGCACUCGUCGGUGGCUGGGCACCUUCGCCACCGCGGAGGACGCCGCCCGCGCCUACGACCGCGCAGCCAUCAUACUCUACGGCAACAAGGCCCAGCUGAAUCUCCAACCUUCCGGCAGCGGCGGCGCCAGCAACGGCGGCGGUGUGAGUGGCGGUUCGUCUUCUCACUCAUCGUCUAGAACGACGACUUCAUCCUCUUCAUCUUCAACACAAACCCUACGACCUCUGCUCCCCCGCCCGGCAGGGUUCGGCCUCACAUUCUCCGCUCCGCCGCCGCAGAUACCGCCGCCGGCCCUAGUAGGAAUGGCAGCAAACUACCCGCAGUACGGGCUGUACCCUAGCACCGUACAAUACCCCAACAACAACAUCGUACCCCAACAACAGAUGUGUCUGGUUCAGCAGCAGCAGCAACAGUACGGAUCGAAUAAUGAUUUCAAGAUUAUUGAAGCCGACCCCACAAUUGUUAGGGAUCAGUCGUCAAAAUACUCUUCUUAUCCAAACCCAAACCCUAACCCUAACCCUAACCCUAAUAACAAUAACACAGAUUAUUAUCCCCAACAAAUUCCGGACUUCAAUCACUUGCAGAGCAACGUUGGGUAUGAUGAAAUGAGUUCGUACGUGGGCUCCGUCGGGUCAAGUUUGUCUAAUAAUGCAAAGACCGACCACUUGCCGGCGGCGCCGGCGAUUACAGAUCCGGCGGAGGUGCUGAACGGAUACGUCACCUCACCGACGUGGCCGUUAGCUAGUGAAGACGAUUACCCUUCAACUAGUCUUUGGGAUUACGGCGAUCCAUUCUUGUUUGAUAAUAUUUGA